AUGAAACUCAGAAAUCAAGAUAAAAUCGUCGUUAACAAUGAACAAGAGAAUGGCGAUGAUGAGAUGACAACCAAUGGAGACAAUUCAUCAACAACACAUAUGCAUUUAAAGGAUGAAGACAAGGAAAAAGGAAAUUUCAAACAUUUUAAUAUUUCGAAGAAAACUAUUAAAAAACUGAAAGAUCGAAAUAUUAGCUUUCUGUUUCCCGUUCAAGCAGAAAGCUACAAACACGUCUAUGAGCAAAAAGAUUGUUUAGUUCAGGCAUAUACAGGUACUGGUAAAACCUUGGGAUUUGCCAUACCGGUUGUUGAAAUUCUCCAAAAUGACACAUCAGUCAAAUUAGUCCGUGGAAGAGCUCCACGUGCUCUUGUUUUAGCACCAACAAGAGAAUUGACUAAGCAAAUCUCUGAUGAUUUUCAAUCGAUUGUUAGUGAUUUAUCCGUCGUAACGAUCUAUGGUGGAAAGAAAUACGAAGAUCAAGAGAAUAGUAUUCGAAACGGAUGCGAUAUCCUUGUUGCUACACCAGGCCGUUUGAAAGAUAUUGUCGAAAAGAAGAGACUGGAUUUAAGCAAAGUAAAACAUGUUGUUCUGGAUGAAGUCGAUCGAAUGCUCGAUAUGGGUUUUAUUGACGAUGUUGAAGAAAUUCUUGGUUACAUGUUUACAGCAAAACAGGAAAAGAAACCACAAUUCAUUGUGUUUUCGGCAACAAUGCCAGACUGGGUGCAUAAAACCACAAAGAAAUACAUGUCGAAGGAUUUUGUUACAAUUGAUUUAGUCAAAGGAGCACAACGAACAUCAGCAAAUGUUGAACAUCUGGCAGUGUCUUGCACAUAUCAAGAUCGAGCUGGUGUGAUCAAUUCUCUCGUGCAAAUCUAUUCAAGCAGUACACUCGAUGGUCGUGCGAUCGUCUUUUGCGAAACCAAAAAGGAAGCGGACGAACUGUCAGUCAGCCAUGACAUCAAAGCUGAAGCACAUGUCUUACAUGGUGAUAUUCCUCAAGACAAACGUGAAUUAGUACUUAAGAAAUUUCGUGAAGGUAAAUACCGUUUACUGAUAACAACUGAUGUCGCUGCACGUGGUCUGGACAUUCCGGAAGUUGACCUUGUACUUGUUACAGCUCCUCCUAAAGAUGUAGAAUCAUAUAUACAUCGCUCAGGUCGAACAGGUCGAGCUGGUGCACAAGGAAAAUGUAUUUGUUUAUACAAAUCGAAUCAAACACGUGACCUUAAACGUGUCGAAAUCGAAGCAGGAAUUAAAUUCACACGUAUUGAACCACCAGGAACAGCAGAUCUUCUCAGUGCAUCGUCCGCUGAUGCAGCAAAAGCACUCGAUAGUGUAACUGAUGCCGCAAAAGCUCAUUUUCGUGAAGCAGCCGAGAAAAUCCUCGAGACACGUGAUGCACUCGACGCUCUAUCAGCUGCAUUGGCGUGCAUAUCCGGUACAACCCACAUCGUUCCUCGAUCUCUUCUCACCAAGAAAGAAAAUUACACCACAUAUAUGCUAACAGUUACCGAUGAGUUAAAAGGUCCAGGUUUGGUAUUUGUAAUGUUACGUAAAUGCUUUGGUGAAGAUUUUGAUGCAAAAGGUAAAUGUUCGCAAGUUGCAUUUACACCAGAUUAUCGAAGCGCAGUAUUCGAUAUUCCAAGUGAAUUGGACGAACAAUUGCAAAGUUAUUGGAAAGACAGUCCGAGAAUUCAAAUGAAAGCCAUUGAAAAACUGCCACCACUUGAUGAUUCGUCGAGAACCGGUGGUUAUCGAGGAUUUUCACGUAAUGGCAGCGGACCAUCACGUGGUGGAAGUUAUGCUGGUAAUCGCAAUGGCGAUCGAUCGAAUGCUUGUUUCAAAUGUCAUAAAGAAGGUCACAAGUCAUUCGAAUGUCCCGAUGCCAAUGGUGAACAAUCUCAACGCAGAUCCGUAUGUCUAUUAGGUGGCGGUGGUUGUUUCAAUUGUGGUAAAACUGGUCACAAAUCAUUUGAUUGUCCGGAACCGAAAAAGGGUCGGCCAUCAUCCAACGGUUUCGACGGUCGUGGUAUGAAGCGUAGCUUCACCGGUAAUAACGAAAAUGGCUUUGGUGCAAAUGAAACGAACAGAAAGAAAAUCAAGUUCGACGACGAUGAAUAA